UCUCAAAAAUCGGAGUCUGUCAGUGUUUUGACUUGGUCAAUCGCCGUCUACACGUGCGUCAGUAAGCGUCGUUACACUUCUCUCAGUCUGAAUAGAAUUUAGGCUUUUAUUUUGCUUUUUCCUCAGUGCGAAUUUUUAUUACUUUGGAUCGCGGUUUCGACGCUCCGCUGUUGGCCAACUACUCAGUUAGUUUGAUUCUUAAUUUGGCCGUGAUAACUUUGGCGUUGAAACUGAGACGGCCGUCGAAGAAAGACGAGAAAAUCGAGUGACAUUAAAUUUGAUGGCCAACAAAUUAUAUUUUACGCGUGACGUAAUUAUUUAUCCGUCGUUAAUUACAAUUUUAUCCGACGUUAAUUAUGAUUAGUCCAGUGCAGAUCGAGUACCGCCGGUAGAGACUAAAAGGACAUAGGCAAGCGUCUGUGCGCCUCUAAAGAUCCUGUCACACGCAUUCCUAAUGCAUCCGCCAUCCAGCCAUCCUAUCCCUGCAUUUGUUUCCCGAAUAACACAGUAUACCUGAUUCCUUUCUAAUGGUCAAUCACACACAGUCAACAGGACGUAUGCAUUUUUCAGUGGUGUAUUUAGUGCCUUUUUAGUGGAAUAAAACGUAAAUCGUCAUGAAAACAUCGGUGUUACUUUUUCGCCAUGGUGUGGAUGACGCAGUCUCAAAUGCAAACAUCAAUGCGUCGGCCGCAGUUCAAUAUGACCGACGACGAAUUCAAUUGGUACAAGCCGGUUGCAGUUAUCCUGAAACCAGCGUCGAAACGAGAUUUGCAACAGCGGUUGCUUCAGGUUAACGUCGAUGAAUUCCUGUUGCCAUCUUAUCAGUCAUCUCUACUUCCACCUUGGCCGUUUGUCCAAGAUUAUUCGGCUUUCCGCCGCUGGAUUAAUUACCAAUCGAGUGACAGAUUAAGGGAUGUGUACAGAAGAUACGAGUUAUUAGCUGGCCAUGUCGAGCGUAGGUUAACAUCUCUGGCCAGGAUGGGACUCGUUGCCAUUCCGAAGGUGACGAAAAUUAAUCGCCAAAGAAGUGGAAAUAACCGAAAUCAGGAACAACAGAUGCCAGAACAAAAUGUGCGUUCCCGAACAGCCAACCCUUACGAUUUCUUUUCAGGGAAAAAGGGUAAAGACAAACUGCCACCUCCGUGGUUGUAUGAACUCGUCGGACCUCCUGGACCAGCUGGAAAAGACGGUGUCAAUGGUAUUCAUGGAAUUAACGGUGUCGAUGGGAAGGAUGGUAGAGACGGAAUCCCCGGAGCAAUUGGUCAGCCCGGACCCCAAGGCCUCAAGGUCCUCCCGGAAUACCUGGUGCUCAAGGAGUUCAAGGGUCGCAAGGCCCACAAGGGAGCGACGGAAAGGAUGGUUCCGAUGGAACGCACGGGAAGGAUGGGACUCCUGGCGCUGCUGGGCGGUCACCAGGACAGAAUGCAAAAGACGGAAGAGAUGGAUCAGCUGGACCACCCGGCGCACCAGGUCAACCAGGAACUGCCGGACAAAAUGGGAAGGAUGGAGUUGACGGGAAAGAUGGUCAAGACGGAGGUCCGGGUCCACCUGGUCCUCCUGGAAAAGACGGCCAAGAUGGAAGGCCCGGAACGUAUGGCCAAGAUGAUCAAGAUGGAUCGGUAGGAGCAGCCGGGCCUAGCGGAGUAGCUGGAUUAUCAGGUGCCGCUGGCGUUAGCGGGCCAGUCGGAGUACCAGGAAUUCCCGGAACACCAGGGACCCCUGGUGUUCAGUGGCCAUCAAGUUCAAUCGGCUAACGGACGAUUUUAUAUACAUUUGUUAAUUUAUACGACAUAGAAUUCAAUUUUGCUUAAAGUAUAAAAUAGCCAAAUACUCUGCUGGCACUAUAAUACAGUCUUAUGUAAUAUCUUGAU